GGCAUGCGAGUAAACAUUUUGUCGUGUUUUGCUGCGCAUAUUUCUAAACAUCUCCUCAUAUCCGCCAACAUUUAAGUAUUGUAACAUAUUAUAACCAUUUCUAAUGUCAAGUAUUUGGCCAAGAGAGAGAAUCGUGGCGAUCGGUUCAGUGAGAUAGACGAUUUCACACUGCAACCAUUCUUCCACGCGCCAUUUCAAUACCAAGACACAAAAAAAGAGGUCUAGGCCAUGGUCUCGAUGUUGAAAUUGUCAGUUUAGAGUGCGCACCUUAAAGCAAAGAAGCAGAAACGAUAAGAUUAAUGCGACAAUACCUGGGUUGUUUGAAGAGGCAACAAGCAAUGCGUGGAUAUUGGAUGUGCAAAUGAGCAUUUACUGUCAAGCAAGCCAUGGGGCAUAUUCUGACAUUUUCCUCAGGACUCCUUUUACUGGUCUGUAUUCUAAAGAGUUGUUAUGCAGUUGAUUGUGGGUCUCACUUGACAGCAAAUACAGGCUUUUUCAUGUCACCUAAUCACCCUAAACCAUACCCUCCAGACAAGAACUGUGUAUGGACUAUCACUGUGCAGGGGAGUGCACCGCAAAUACAACUCAAAUUCAGUUCCUUUGACCUACCACCACCAACCAACAAAGUAUGCCUAGACUAUGUUGCUAUCUACUAUGGAAUGUUGCCAAAGAUAGAAAAUCAAAUUGCUAAGUUUUGUGGUUCAGUGAUUCCCUCAGACAUUCUUGUGAAGAAAAAGUCUUUACGUGUCGAGUUCUACUCUAAUGGUGAUGACAAAACUGCAUCAGGAUUCAAAGCAUCCUUUUUUGCAAACUCUAACUCAGCCAUCACAACUUCCCAGACAACAGCUGGAAUAGUUGCUGCUAUAUUUUGUGGCAUUGUAUUUCUUGGGGUUGGAACAAUGCGAUGUAUAAUGAUGGGAAUGUGUCACCGAUGCCAAACAGAGACAGGUGUGCGAGAAUGUGUAGGGACAGAUGAAGACCCGGUAGAUUUUAAUAUGGAUAACCCACCAGAUUAUGUCACAGUAAUGGCCCGUCCAGAUCUCUACCCUACGCCCUCAGCUUCCCUCACUGGGACCCCUGUGUCGACUCCUGGGACAUCACGUGGUUUGGUCGUUCGUGACGUCAUAAAUAGGUUAUCAACACACAGCAACACUGGUGACGAGGAUGAAGACGAAGGUCCCCCACCCUACCCCGGGAUAGUAAUUAACCAACCAGAAUUAGAGUCUUACUCUGUUCCCGUUCAGAUUAAUCGAGUUAGCGAAACGACGUCUCGUGAUCGUGGGCAACAUUUUGGCCAGCACGGGUUUGGAGAUGAGAAUGUGCAGAGUCAGGAAACCGAGGAGAAUGAUGAGAUACCCGGGUACACCUCCGAAAGGCCUUACGCCAGACAUGGCAACGCUGGGACUUCCUCUGACCAUGCGAGUGCUGACUCAGCAAACGAUGAUUGUGAGAUCAACUGCGUCUCUGGUGAGGCGGUGCGUUUAGAGGUAGAUCCACCAAGCGGGGUCGAGUCGGAUAGGAUGUCUGGUGAUACAGCCCGUCGGAAUUAUACUAGCGCAGAUGGCGAUGGUGUUAGCAGUAGCGGUGAACCAAUGACACUGUUAGAAGAAACUGUUCCCACAUGGAUCAGGCGAGAGGAAACGGGUCAAGUGUGUAGUCAAGUUACGUGUGAACCUAGCAUAGUCUCCAUAAGAAAUGAAAGGGAGACUGAUGGCAAUGUAUUGAGCGUGUGGCUCUAACCUUGAAGCCUCUAUCGCUUAAAUUUUUUUUCGCACUUUAUUUGCUACAGAAACCCCGUUUUGUGAGCCAAAAUGCUGCAGUACAGGCUGUAGUAAGAUAUUGCAAACAAGGCACCUACUCAAUGAGCCUCACAUUGAUUCACAGGCCUUAGAGUACUUUGAAUAUGAUGCUUAUUCCAUGUGAACCUGACAUAGAUGCUCAGGUCUAUAGAGUACUGCGAGAGAGAUACAUGUUCCGUGGGAACCUGAUGUAGUUGUACAGGCCUAUAGAGUACUUUGAAUAAGAUGCUAAUUCCAUGUGAACCUGACAUAGAUGCUCAGGUCUAUAGAGUACUGCGAGAGAGAUACCUGUUCCGUGGGAACCUGGCAUAGAUGUACAGGCCUAUAGAGUACUUUGAAUAAGAUGCUUAUUCCAUGUGAACCUGACAUAAAUGUUCAGGUCUAUAGAGUACUGCGAGAGAGAUACCUGUUCUGUCGGAACCUGAUAUAGUUACACAGGUAUGUUCAAUGCGAGACAGAUGCAUGUUACAGAUACGCCGUGUGAACCGGACAUAGAUUCACGGGUUUAUAGAGUCGUUAGCAAGAAAAUAAUGAUUGUCUAGGUUUUUUAAAAAAAACAGUUACGUAGAACAUAUUUUAAAAAGAUGUUGUUCAGAAAAGAAACCAUGCUUGCCGAUCCAGCGCGAUAAUCACUGGAUCUUCGAACAUGAACUGUUCACUUAUAUAUCAUCUCUAAAUUAAGAUACAAGUUAAGACAGUAGAAAAAAGGUUUCUCUAAGAAACAACGUAGAAAGUAUAUAAGUAAUUGAAAUAGCGAAAUAGAAUAUCAUGCUGUUGACUAGGUAUGUAUAUUUUAUAUUUCCUCAGUAUAGAGAAUAUAAACUAUAUAUGGUUA